CUGAUCUUGGACAUGUUCCUCUCGUCGUCAGUCAUAUGAGUAGGUUGUAGGGGCUCGUUGUUUGAAUUCUAGUCCAGAAAGGGGAGAUGAGUGAUGCCGAACUUCAGGAGGAGGAAAGAGAAGUUCUACUGUCCAUUUACGAUGGCGAUCCGGCGUUUAAACAGACGACACCGACGACGUUUCAAUACAAGUACGGAGAGGACGACGGUACAAAGUCGUUCCUGCUGGAGAUAUCAUGGGGCGCAAGGUAUCCUACGGAAAAACCGACCAUCAAUAUGAACACGUUUUACAAUAAGCAUAUUGUGCAAGAGGUAAAAGACAAGGUGGUGAGUCACAUAGAGGCUGAGGCUGAGCAAUGGUUAGGUAGCGCCAUGACGUAUACCUUAUUUCAGUCUGUUCAAGAACAUUACGCAGACUUGGUGUCCACACAACCGGAAUCCGUUGUGGAUAUCAAUUCUCACACCAGUAGGCUCAAGAUUACCGAGGAGAUUCAACAGGUCGAGGAAGCAAUAAAGAAACCCAAGAAAGAACAUCUGAGCAAAGCGCAAAAACGCAGACAGUGGAACAAGGCGGAUUGCAAGGGUGAAAAGCCAAGAGGCUGGAACUGGGUGGAUAUAGUAAAACAUUUGUCACAGACUGGACCUAGAACGGAACAAGAUUCUUAGCUUGAGCGGUUGCAUAUACCAUUUUGUACAUACAAAAUCAUGUUAUAUUUUUGUAAACUGUUGGAAAUACAUAGUUAUUUCCUUAUCCACUUCCUAAAAUAG